AUGGGAGAUUCAUCAACUUUAUCAGCUUCAAAGGAAAAGGAAAAAUCCAAACAACCUCAACCUUCUACACAAAUUCGUUCUUUAGAAGGCGGCUUUCCUACUCUUUUAGUUUUUGUGAUACUUGGAUUGGCUUGGCUAGUUGGUUUUGCUUCUAGACUUUUUGCUAUUGUUCGGUUUGAAUCGAUAAUUCAUGAAUUUGAUCCUUGGUUUAAUUAUCGUUCAACUCAAUAUAUGGUGGAGAACGGAUUUUAUAAUUUUUUGAAUUGGUUUGAUGAAAGAGCUUGGUAUCCACUUGGACGUAUCGUUGGUGGUACUAUUUAUCCUGGAUUGAUGUUAACAAGUGGUUAUAUUCACUAUUUACUUUCUUGUUUGAAUAUACCUGUCCAUAUACGAGAUAUUUGUGUUUUCCUUGCCCCAACAUUUAGUCGGUCUGUUGCUGGUUCUUAUGACAAUGAAGGAAUUGCCAUUUUUGCUCUUCAAUUCACUUAUUUCCUUUGGGUUCGUUCUGUCAAGACUGGAUCUGUUUUUUGGGCGGUUCUCACUGCUUUGUCUUAUUUUUACAUGGUUUCAGCAUGGGGCGGUUAUGUUUUUAUUAUUAAUUUAAUUCCUCUUCAUGUUCUUGUUCUGGUUAUUAGUGGAAAUUACACAAACAAGAUUUACGUUGCUUACACAACUUUCUAUAUUCUUGGCCAACUUAUGGCAAUGCAAGUCCCUUUUGUCGGCUUCCAACCAUUGGUUGGUGCUUUGAAAUUUGUCCAAGGACGUUUAACUCAAAAACAAUUUUUUGCUUUAUUUGCCGGUGUCAUUCUUUUUACUUUUUCUAUUGGAAUUUUGAUUUUAAUGCUUUUAACAUAUGCUGGUUAUGUUGCUCCUUGGACGGGUCGUUUUUAUUCACUUUGGGACACUGGUUAUGCCAAAAUACAUAUUCCUAUAAUUGCUAGUGUUAGCGAACAUCAACCUACAACUUGGGUCUCUUUCUUUUUUGAUUUGCAUAUUACCGCAGCUGUCUUUCCCGCUGGACUUUGGUUUUGUGUUAAAAAUGUUAAUAGUGAACGUCUUUUUGUUAUUCUUUAUGCUGUUACUGCCGUUUAUUUUGCUGGUGUAAUGGUCAGGUUAAUGCUUACUCUAACUCCGGUUGUUUGUGUCCUUUCUGGCAUAGCUUUCUCUUGUAUUUUUGAAAAAUAUAUGCUUGAAGAUGUUGAACAGAAGAAAGCUGGGGAAGGAAAGGAUUUGAAAGAUGGGAUGGGAGAUAGACGACUUUAUGAUAAAGCAACAGCUAAAAUUGGAAAGCAACAAAAAGCUGCUCAAACAGCUGCAGCUUCAUUUAGUCCAGCAAUUGGUGCUUCUGAUGUUACUGAUCAUAUUGGAAUGAAUACGAGAUCUAUCGUUCUCGUAGCUAUGUUAUUCAUUUUGCUAAUGUAUGUUGCACAUUGCACUUAUGUAACUAGCAAUGCAUAUUCACAUCCAAGCGUUGUUCUUCAAUCUCAUACAAGCGAUGGUGGACGUAUAAUUAUGGACGACUUUCGAGAAGCUUAUUAUUGGCUUAGAAAGAACACUCCAGAUGAUGCUAGAAUAAUGUCAUGGUGGGAUUAUGGUUAUCAGAUUGCUGGAAUGGCAAAUCGAACAACUCUUGUUGAUAAUAAUACUUGGAAUAAUUCACAUAUUGCUUUGGUUGGAAUGGCAAUGUCAAGCAAUGAAUCUUUUGCUUAUGAAAUUAUGAGGGAUUUGGAUGUUAAUUAUGUUUUAGUAAUCUUUGGUGGGGUGAUUGGUUACAGUGGUGAUGAUAUAAACAAAUUUUUGUGGAUGGUUCGAAUUGCUGAAGGUGAACACCCAAAAAUUAUACGUGAAGGUGACUAUUUUACCGAAUCAGGAGAGUACAGUGUUGGAGCACAAGCAUCUAGAACUAUGCUGGAUUCGAUUAUGUAUAAAAUGUCUUAUUAUCGAUUUGGCGAAUUAAGGAUUGGCUACAAUCAACCUCCAGGUUUUGACCGGACAAGAGGUUAUCCAAUUGGAAGAAAAGAUUUUUCAUUGGAAAAAUUGGAAGAGGCCUACACUACAGAGAAUUGGCUAGUUCGUAUAUAUAAAGUUGUUGAUCCACCAAAUCGUCCAUCAAUAAAAUAUAAAGAUAGACAAAUUAAAGGAAAGAAAUUUGUUAGUAAAAAGACAAAAUCCAACAAAAAGGGAACUAUUCGACCAUUAACUGCAAUAAACACAAAAACUGAACAAUCUAACAACAAUAAACAAAAAGUUGUUGAGAAGAAGAAAUGA